GUCUGGGGAGACGGCAGCGCGUUUAAAACCGCCCAGGGAAGACACCGCAUUUACGAGCCCGGUUUUGGUUUUCCCUCCCUCCCUCCUCGCCCCCGGUUUGACUCUGUCCGGUCCACAAUGACUUGGUCGAGCGGAAUGCUGCACCGGUCUACCUGAGCAAGUGUUUUCUCUCAACCCCACCAAAAACACUUAUUCUGCUGUGACUUCUUCUUCUUCUUUUUUAAAUUUCAUUUAAUUGGAAGCCGUGUCGGACUGCUGCAGCCAUUCUGGGAGAAACAGGAGGACCCCUGCUUGUGUCAACUUGAGUUUACCUGAAAUUUAAAAAAAGCAAGGUUAUGUAGCAGCGGAGGCAGCAGCGACAGCAGCAGCGGUAGUAGCCCGGGUCCUCCUCCUUCCCUCCUCCGGUCGUUCCUCCUUCUCCUCCUCGGAGCUUUUCGCCGGGUCGUCCAGGCUGUGCCGAGGCCGGUGGCCGUGGAAAAGGCGAUGGGACUACCUGCGCUGGAGUUCAGCGACUGCUACCUGGACAGCCCGCAGUUCAGGGACAGGCUCAAGUCCCACGAACUGGAGCUGGACAAGACCAACAAGUUCAUCAAGGAGCUGAUUAAAGACGGCAAGGCGCUGAUCCAGGCUCUGAAAUGUCUGUCAACAGCCAAGAGGAAGUUUGCCGACUCUCUCAACGAGUUUAAAUUCCAGUGUAUUGGAGACGCCGAGACAGAUGAUGAGAUAUGCAUAGCCAAGUCUCUGCAGGAGUUUGCAGCGGUCCUGCAGAACCUGGAGGAUGAGAGGACACGCAUGAUCGAGAACGCCAACGAUGUGCUGAUUAUGCCUCUGGAGCGGUUCAGGAAAGAGCAGAUCAGUGCAGCCAAGGAGGCCAAGAAAAAAUAUGACAAAGAGACAGAGAAGUAUUGCGCUGUGCUGGAGAAGCACCUUAGUCUUUCAGCGAGGAAGAAGGAGUCGCAUCUACACGAGGCGGACAACCAGGUAGACAACGUACGGCAGCAUUUCUACGAGGUCUCUCUGGAGUACGUCUUCAAGGUGCAGGAGGUCCAAGAGAGGAAGAUGUUUGACUUUGUGGAGCCUCUGUUGGCAUUUCUCCAAGGCCUGUUCACCUACUAUCACCACGGCUAUGAGCUGGCCAAGGACUUCAACCACUUCAAGACUGAUCUCACCAUCAGCAUACAGAAUACGAGGAACCGUUUCGAGAGCACGCGGUCGGAGGUGGAAUGUCUGAUGAGGAAGAUGAAGGAGAAUCCACACGAACAUAAGAGCGUCAGCCAGCACACCAUGGAGGGAUACCUGUUUGUGCAGGAGAAGCGCUCAUUUGUAUCUACCUGGGUGAAGUACUACUGUACGUACCAUCGAGAGCCCAAGAGGGUCACCAUGGUGCUGUUUGACCCUAAAUCUGGAGGGAAGGUGGGAGAAGAAGAGAGCUUCGUCCUCAAGUCGUGCACCAGAAGGAAGACCGACUCAAUAGAAAAGAGGUUUUGUUUUGACGUGGAGGCUGUGGACAGGCCGGGAGUGAUCACCAUGCAGGCUUUGUCAGAAGAAGACCGCAGGUUGUGGAUGGAGGCCAUGGAUGGUAGAGAACCGGUAUACAAUCUGAACAAAGACAACCAGGCUGAAGGCAUGGCCCAGCUGGAUGUGGUCGGGUUCAACGUGAUGAAAAAAUUCAUUUAUGCAGUGGAGACUCGAGGUAUCGAUGAGCAGGGCUUGUACAGAAUAGUUGGCGUCAGCUCCAGAGUACAAAAACUACUGAGCCUCGCUAUGGAUCCUAAGACAUGUGCUGACGUGGAGCUGGAAAACCCAGAGUGGGAGAUUAAGACUAUCACAAGUGCUAUCAAGCACUAUCUCAGAAUGCUGCCUGCGCCUCUCAUGACAUACCAGUACCAGAGGAGCUUCAUCAAAGCUGCCAAGUUGGACAACCCAGAGGCCAGGGUGACUGAGAUCCAUGCUCUGGUGCACCGGCUCCCUGAGAAGAACAGACAGAUGCUGGAGCUGCUGAUGAAACACCUGGGAAACGUGGCCAGUCACCACCAGCAGAACCUGAUGACCGUCGCCAACCUGGGUGUGGUUUUCGGGCCAACUCUGCUCCGCCCCCAGGAGGAGACGGUGGCAGCGAUCAUGGACAUCAAGUUCCAGAACAUAGUGGUAGAGAUCCUCAUAGAGCACCAUGAGAGGAUAUUCAGGGACGUUCCGAGUUCUGCAGGCAGCUCGACCAACAUGCAGCUCAACCUGCCCAGGAGGAAAAGCGCCGAGAGCAAAGCCCCGUCCUGCAGCGAGAGGCCUCUCACACUCUUCCACACACCAACACAUUCCCAGAAAGGUGAAAAGAGGAACAGUGUAGUCAACGCCACGGUUGCCGAGCUGCAGCAGCCCGUUUCCUCCUCUUCCAACUGUAACAGCAGCAGCAGCAGCAACAGCAGCAGCCAGGGUCGAACCCCGAGACACAGCCUGACCAGCAACGACGGAGAGCAGGACACCCGGCAGCUCCGGCCCAGCUCGCUGCUGAACCCAAAGAGUCGUAGCAGCAUACCGACCAGUGCCACGUCUCCCAGCCCCACGUCACCGCGGUCUCCCUCCUGGCCGAUGUUCUCAGCCCCAUCCAGUCCUCAGCCGAUGUCCUCAGCCUCCAGUGACUCAUCACCUGUCAGUAUUGUGGGCAGGAAGGCUCGAGCGCUGUAUGCCUGCAAGGCAGAGCAUGACUCGGAGCUGUCCUUCAUCGCCGGGACCAUCUUUGAGAACGUUCAUGCCUCCAGGGAGCCCGGUUGGCUGGAAGGGACUCUGGACGGCCGGACGGGACUGAUACCAGAAAACUACGUGGAGUUUUUAUAGUCCAGGGCCGAGAGGGAGACUCGAACCAGACAGUGCUGGACAGGAGUUGACCAAAACUGGACUGUGUUUGGCUAGAUUUGACUGCACAACAAGGCUGUUCAGACUCCAUUAGAUCGUGUGCUAUACAGGACAGGACCAUCGCUGAUGAGGCCGCUCUUGUCUUGACUAGACUGGGAAUUGAAACUGGACCAAGCAGAGCCACGUGGAAUGGAUAUGAUGCAGGAACGGAGCGUAGCGGACUUGGGGGGUGGGCACAUGAAUUGCACUGGAAAAAAAAAAAAAAGACCCACUGUGGUUCUGGCUGUUAUUGGAUUAGUGUGGAUGACUUCCCAAGUCCUGGUGAAAAUGAUGUGGUAAUGAACCUGGAAUGCGUGUGUGUGUGUGUGUGAGAGAGAGAGAGAGAGAGAGAGAGAAUCACUUGUAGUUGAUAUUUCUGAGCUGAGAGGCUUGUGAUCAGCCCUUGCUUUAUCACUUUGAUCUGCACUGCCACUCCUUCAGCAUCUCCUCCAUCUUUUUAUCAGCUAGAAAUAGAACAAUCUUCCCGCGGAGACGAUGACGGGGAACAUAAAACAAAGCAAGUGGCCUUUAGCUUUGGACUUGCUGGUUCACCUCCUCACUGUGUGCUGUUUGAAUGAUGGCCAAUCGCACUGGGGUACCGGAGCUUUUAAAGCCGAUUUAAAUGAUCGGUUUUGUUGUACAGCUGUAGAUGUGUUUGCGAGCACUCGCUGUGGCGGUCCGGUAAUUCCCCAGGACAAGACUCAACCUGGCUUAUGUUUCAGAGCCCCAGUUCAGCAGCAGGAGCCCCGGGGCAGAUCAGCACAGGAUGAGGUCGCCUCGAAAGCGGUUCGCCAAAAGGUCAGCAUCGGGUUUAUCCUUAUUUAUAAUGCCUCUCCCUGCGGAGCCCUCACAAAAAAUGUGAAAAAUUUCAAACAAGCUCCACAAGCAGAUCAGCAGUUUACAAAGCAGAGGAGGAGUAACAACUGAUUCCUGCUGGUCAACACAAGCCCAGCUGUGAGGCCUCGCUCCGCUUCCACAGCUUAGAUAUUUUUGGAUUAUUGGAAAUAAUUGGAUCUAGUAUCACACAGUGUCGAGUCAUGUUUGCACUAUCUCAAUCCGUUCUGGGAAUUCUCAUGAACCAGGAUGCCGUAUCUUUCACGUCACAGAGCUCUGCUGUUCCAAAUUGAUUACAUGUAUUUAUUUUAAAGCUGGAUGUUUUGCUCCCAGUCAUGCAAUCGGACACAUAGUCGCCUGAGUUUACAUCAAGGCCCAUGACGAGGGUCUUCACAAAGGAGAUGCUCAUAAUGUAAUUAUAUGAAGAGGACGGACAGUUACAUUUGCAUUCAGAGUUUACAGCCAAGGCUGUCAUUCAUAAGUGAAUGAAAUGCAGAUGCUUUUUUCAGAGAAGCUCAGACAGAGGAAUCAUCAGUUCUUCACAGCUGUUCAAACAUGUACAAUAUAUGAAAGCUGGUCUGCUUCGGGGCUCCAACGAAUGUCCUCAUUUCACGAGUCAAAGCUGAACGCUGUGCUUGACCCACUCGGUGAACGUCUGUAUCGACUUUUCUGAAAAGCUUUUUGUUGAACUUCAUUUUUUUUUUCUUUUAGGACAGAAUAUUACAGAACAUUUUAGCAUUUUAACAGGAAAAUCAAAUGGGAGAGUAAAUAAAAAAAAAAAAAAAAACAAGCUUAAAUGUGAAAUGAGACUACUUCGUUCAUACCUGAACUUCUUAUUUAUGAGAGUUUCUUAAAGGCGUAAUCCUGAACUGUAUUCAUUUUGAGGUGUUUUAUCGACAUUGUAUAUAAAUACACAGCAUUUGAUAAGGUAUAAUUUUUUUUAAGUAUGAAAUUUUAUAUUUUGUAUUUGUAGCAUACUAACUUAAUUCCUUAAUUCCAUCUUUGUUGCCCAGAUUUUUGUAUCAUUUAAGUCUAUCUACAGCCUUAAAUAUUCUUCCAGAUGUUUUGGUGAAUUUGGUGAAGAUUGUGCAGAAUUAAAGAUAAGUGUUCAACAGCUGCA